UGGUCUCGUGAGGCAGUCACUCAACUCGGCAGUCUUUUGUUAUCGAAGCUUCACAUCUGUCACGGCUCGGCGUCUCUCUCUCUGUCUCAGCAAAACCCUAAACCCUCCCCAUUUUGCUUACCUAUUGGCCAUUGCCGAGCCAGCCCUCCUUCUGGCUCGUUCGUCGUCUCCAUCGAGUAGAUUUCAGAUUCCUGCUGUGUCUGAUCGACGAGAAUGGAGCAAACCUUCAUGCCAUGUGCAUAGAUGUCGCUAACCCUCCUGCUCAACUGAAAAUUAAUAGUGUCAUCCAGUUCGUGCUUCUGGCCGCCUCCGUUCUGGAAUUGGUUUUUCAGAUUAUGCGAUCAAUGGUGGAAAUUGAUAUGUGAUGGUACAUAGAAUUCAAGGCGGCAAAUAAAACUAUAUAUACUCUCGCUACGUUGAGGCUUUGUGUAUGAGGGUGUUUUGAUAGAAAAAGAUAUGAGCUUUGAUGAAUAAUGUGAGUACUAUCAUUCAUAUUUUGGUUCCUCAACGCUCAAUCAGUAUAGUCUUUUCAAGCUAUUUCUUCAUCAGGAGAAAAUCACUGCAUACAAAAUUUGCCAAAGAAACAAGCAACAAAGCCUCUCAGAAUUAUAUCCCUUCAAUCAGACUGGGGCUUGACCGACUCUGGCCGUUUUUCAGUGUUCUAAGCAAAUACCCUACCAAUUUCCGAUCUGUGGUAACUCAGGCAUCGCUAAAACGGGAUGUGAGAGAUGAAUGCUUGAACCAAGUUCUUUCUUCUGCAGAAAGUGAUCCUUUACCCAGUGCAGAGACCUGUGCUGUUUACUUAGAGAAGCUGUGCAGAGCAGGAAAUCUAGCAGAUGCUGCUAAACUGGUGCAGCAGCUACGUGCUAAACAGAUCUUCCUGAGCCCAAACACAUAUAAUCUUCUCUUGGUGACUGCAGGUGAAUGGAAGGACUUUGGCCUUCUGUCUCAGGUAUUCAAGGAUUUAUUAAUGUCUGGAAAACCCAUUAGCUGGGAUACUUAUUACAGUCUUGCUAAGACCUUUUCAAAAGCAACAGAUACUGCUUUGCUGGUCAAAUUUGUAAGUGAAGUUUCAGAACUGAUAUUUCCUAGAAGUGCUACUGUCAUUAAUAGGAUUCUUGUUGCCUUUUCUGAAUGCAAGGAGGUCGACAAAGCCAUGCUUAUAUUUGAUCAUAUGAAGAAUCUGAAAUGUAGGCCGGACUUGUUCACGUAUAAUACUGUUUUAGCAAUCUUGGGUAGGGCAGGUCGUGUGGAUGAAAUGCUCCAUACGGUUGCUUCCAUGAAAGAGGCAAACAUGGUACCUGAUAUCGUUUCUUACAACACCUUAAUAAACAACCUGAGGAAGGUGGGAAGGUUGGAUUUGUGCUUGGUUUUUUUCCGGGAAAUGAGUGAGAGAGGAAUUGAACCAGAUUUGAGAACCUACACCGCAUUGAUCGACAGCUUUGGCCUGUCAGGGAACAUUGAGGAAGCAUUAAGACUCUUUGCUGACAUGAAAAGGAAGCAGGUAUCUCCUUCUGUCUAUGUCUACGGAUCACUGAUUAGUAAUUUAAAGAGAGUUGGGAAGUUGGACUUGGCUAUGAGCUUAUCAGAGGAAAUGAACUCUUGUGCUUCAAAUCUAGUUGGUCCUAAGGACUUCAAACGGAAGAGAAGGUAGUUCAUUUUCAAGAUUCUGGGUUCAAAUUGAUGGGUUGGUUUGGAAGACGUGAUCUGCAUGUAGUUUCUGCCACCUGAUUUCAAGCUCUUGGUAACUUCUGUGUUCUGCAAUGUAUGUCGUUGAAUAGCAUUCAAGCAAAUAAUUGUACAAUAUAGAGAUCAUCAAACUCCUGCAAGGCUUAGAAACUCUGGAUUGUAUACGGGGUCAACCUCCUUUGAUUAUGAUUCGGAUUUGAUUGAAAUCAGCCAAGGAUCCGAUGGAAUUGGUCAAAACCCUAGAAGAGGCAUGGAUUUCCAAAGAUUUUUGGUUUUUGGAGUUUAUGAUUCAAAAGUCUUGUUGAUAUAGCUACAAUAGGUAACUUACAUUGAUUUUCUGCAGAAUUUAUCAGUUUGGGUUUGGAUCUUGAAAAAAGGAAAGGAAGGAAAGUAAAGGAAGAAACCCACAAAUGUAUGGAAAGCUUUGCCAAGUUAUUGUAUUAAAUGGUCCUAAUGUUGGGAAUCUAUGGUAGCAUUCCGGUUCCGAUUAA